CUUCCCCAAGCCACCUGCAUUGAGUUGCUGAGUGUGAAAUGAAGUUUGUCUCUCAACAAGAACUGUUGUUUACUCUUGAAAUGCAACUGCCUCUCACUCCUGUGAAGCAGGUGCCUGCCUGGGGGCUCUUUGCUGUGCCUGUAGUCAGCCCAUGAGCAGCAGGUGUGUGGAAGCCAGACAGACCUGUUCUGCAAGUGUGUGCCUUCCUGUCAGCUGUGUGUUGGACAUCCCUGGGGAGACAGCUGGGCAGACCUAGAGCAGCAAGGAGCCGAAGCUGGGCGGGACUGGAGUAGAAAAAUCAGUGAGGAGGAACUUAAUCAUAAGAAUUACAACCCUACCAAAGGUAAUCAUCAGGGUUACUGGGAGUGGCCUCACAAACUGGGAACCGGCAGCAGGAGAGCUUCAGGAAAAGACAACCGCAGGGCAAGGGACGUGGUGUCACUCAGAAAGUGGGGGCUGGAGGCCUGCUUGCUUGUACCUGAGCAUGGCAGGGGAUGUGAAAAGAUUCUCACGGAUGCUGCUGGAGUGCAAUAGCAAUGACAAGCUAUGUGUUGUGCGUGAACAUCAAACGGAAGUGAUCGUUGUCCCAGCUCUCCUGGUGGGACUUUUUGUCAUUGUGCUCAGUGUGAUCCUCUGGCUCCACUGCCGCGGCCUGCGUGCAAAGCAGGAGCAAUCAGCACCAGCCAGAACCCAAGUGACAAGAAAGAAUCAGCAGGAACCCUGCUCAACAGAGAACCGCUACAUCCAGCUGAGUGAGAGCUCUGUGGAGAGCCUGCUAAAUUCUGCAUCCUUGACUCUGAAAGAAUUAGAGAUACCACGAGAGAAACUCUUACCAGACAGCUUGCAACUGAUCAAACUUGGUGCCUAUGGGAGCAUCUACAGAGCACAGUUGGAAACCGGGAGCUCUGGGAAGACUAAGGCUGUGGUGUUGAAAGCCUUGCAAGAUCCAGCUAGUCCCCAGAAAGUGAAGGAUUUCUUGGGAAGGAUUAAAUUCCAUCAAAACCUUGGCCAUCAUGAGAACCUGGUUGAAUUGGUUGGAUGUUGUGUAGACCAGCUCCCACUGUAUAUGAUCAUGGAAGAUGUGUCUCUUGGUGACCUGCUGACAUUUCUGUGGACAUGUCGGAAGGAUGUAAUGGCAAUGGAUGGUGUCCCCUAUGACCUCACUGAGAGGCAGGUAUAUGAGGUUGGACAGCAGGUUGCAGCAGCUCUGGCUUAUCUUGAAGAAAAGAACUUGUUCCAUGGUGACAUUGCUGCCAGGAAUGUCCUUCUCCAUCACAACUUCACUGCCAAGCUCUGUGGUUUGGGCCUGGCCUACGAAACUCACACACACGGUGCCAGCUCAGUCACACGGAAAGUGCCCGUCAAGUGGCAGGCACCAGAGAGGCUCCUGAGCAAACCCCCUACCAUCAAGGCAGACAUAUGGUCUUUUGGAAUUCUACUGUAUGAAAUGAUUACAUUAGGUGCUCCACCAUAUCCUGAGGUGCCACCUUCUGACAUCUUAUCCUACCUGCAGAAACAGAACAUUAUGAAGCAGCCCUCGAGCUGCCAGCAAGCCAUGUACAGCAUCAUGAAGUCCUGCUGGCAGUGGAGUGCAGCUGACCGGCCUUCCCCAGCACAGCUCUUGUGCUCCCUGGAAACAGCCAUGAAGACCAGCAACGGGCACACAGUGCUGCAGGUGCCUGAGCCAGUGGUGCCUGAACUCUAUGCUGAUGCUGCUGGUGUUGAUGUGCACAGCCUCGUGAGGGAAUACACAAUCCUCUGAAGGGUCCUUUCGUAUUUUGGUAAAGGAGAAAGAAGUCUCAGAGUUUUCCCUUUCUAAAUAUUUUGAAGCUCAGAACGAGGUGUGUAUGUUAGAAGGGAUCUCUUUGUUCUUCAGACAUCUGUAAAAUCUCCAUGCCAGACACAAGAAACUGUUAUCAUUAUUGUUAAAUCAACCUGUUGGUGUCAUUCUGCCAGUGGUCAUUUGGGAGUAAAGUGUGUUUAGGAAGCUGUAGAAAAUGAAAUGAGAAACUUGAAUUAAAGGAGUGUUAGGUUUGUGUGGCAAGGUUUUGGUGAUAGGGUGGACUGCAGAGGUGACUUCUGUGAGAGGAUGCCAGAAGCUUACCCCAGCUCCACAAUGGACCUGCUACUGGUCAAGGCUGAGCCCUUCAGCAACACUGGUAGCACCUCUGUGAUUACCUAUUUAAGAAAGUGUAAAAGAUACUGCAUAACAGCAGGUGAAAGAGAGGAGUGUGAAUGCGAGAGGAGCAGCUCUGCAAACACCCAGGCAGGCAGAAGGAGGGGCAGGGGCUGCUCCAGAGCUGGGAUUUCCCUGAGAUUCCAUGGCUGAGCCCCUGCAGCCCCUGGAGGGCAGGGAGGGUGCAGAGACCCACCUGCAGCCCCUGACAGAGCCCAUGCCAGAGCAGGGGGAUGUCUGGAGACUGUGACUCCAAGGGAAGCCUGUGCUGGAGCACAAUCUGUCCUGGCAGAAUUUGUGGAGAGAGGAGCCCUCAUUGGAGAAGGACUGCACCUCAUGGAAAGGGGCUCAUGCUGGAGCACUUAAUGAAGAACAACCCUUGCAAAGAACUUAUGUUGGAGAAAUUCUUGAAGGACCUACUUUCCUUUGGAGGGACCCCACAAUGGAGCAGGGAAGGUGUGUGAGGAGUCCUCCCCCUGAGGAGGAGCAGCAGAGACAAUGUGAGAUGAACUCACUGCAACUCCCAUUCUCCCUGCUGGAUGAGAAGAGGUAGAGAAAUUGGGAGUGAAGCUGAGCCUUGGAAGAAGAGAAGGGUGGAGGAAGGUGCUGCAGGACUUGGUUUUAUUUCUCAUUACACUUCCUAAUUUGAUUUGCAAUAAACUAAUUUUUCUCAAGUUGAGUCUCUUUUGCCCAUAGCAGUAGUUGGUGAACAAUCUCUCACUGUCCUUAUCUUGACCUGGGGGCCUUUUGUUGUAUUUUCUCUCCCCUGUCCGGUUAAGAAGAGGAAAUUAUGGAGUGGCUGGAUGGGUACCUACCAUUCAGCCAGAGUCAACCCACCAUGAGGUUUCUGGAAAUUUUUCCCAUCUUUUCUGUCCCAGGAAAAUGCAUCAGUUGAGUAUUUGAAAGAGGGGAUGUCCUGGGGAACAUGCUGGGAUGGUAUUCAAUAAUUCUCUGUGAUUUCUUCAGUGCUUAUACUCUAGCUUCCCUUGGGAGCAUGGGCACUGUAUUCAAACAUACAAACCCACAAAAACCAAUCCCCACACCUCCCUGCCCAACAACAGCAAAACCCUUCCUCUCUGUGGAUGCAGAAGCUGUUACACAAAUGUCAUACAUCUUCAUGGAGAGUGU